AUGUCCCAACCACCACAGCGUCGUGCCCAGCAGGCUGCUUCUCCAGCGGAGGAGGACAUGUUAUUGCGCGAUGCGGGUCGCUCCCUGGAUGGGCUCCGCCAAGGGCUACUGGAACGUAUUCGAAAAACCCAGGCGCAGGUACCCGGAGAGACGUGGCGCGAGGAUCAAGACACGUAUAGAACGAACUUCAGGAAGAACCAGCCUUCCCCUAAUGUCCAACAGAAUCCACCAGUCCACGCGGCAACUGGUGAAAAUAUCUACAACCAGGUGGAAGAAGCGGAUGAGCGGUGGAAAGCUAGAAGGAAACCACCCCACACCGAUGCAAAAGGUACCAUGUCCUUCGAGCUGCGUCACUGGACGGGCAUUCACCACAUCCUGCUCAAGCCGCCCGCUCAAAAACUCGAGAACCGCCAAUACCCAUUGGUGGGCGAUAACGGGAAGUACAUCCGAGCUUUUCUGCAUCGGGAUUGCAGCGAUUUCCAGCCGGGUGACGAAGCUGAAGAGGAAGAGAGAGAGUCAGAUGCAGUGGGGUUGAGCAGUGAGCACGGAGCAGAGAGACACGCUUGCUGCGAGGAUGGGGGCGUGGGGCUGCUGGGGUUCUGCGCGACGGCUGCAAGAGCAGACAGUCGCGUUGGUGGUGGUAGAUUUGUUGGGCCAACAUCGAGAGGACCUUGGUGGUGGAAUUGUAUCGUGGUAGUGAGGAGUGCAGUGAGGAGUGCAGUGAGGAGUGCAGUGAGGAGUGCAGUGGGGAGUGCAGUGGGGAGUGCAGUGGGGAGUGCAGUGGGGAGUGCAGUGGGGAGUGCAGUGAGGAGUACACACCGCAACCGGGGUGAUGUGGACUUUGACAGAGAUGAUGCUUGUUGA